GAAGUUUCGACAGCAGUUUGGGGCAGAAGGAGUAAAAGAGGAAGUCUUCCGUUCAUACUGCUGUUAAAAGUUGAUUUUAAAUAUAUUUCCUCAUUAGACUGCGGCGUUUGAUGUGGUUUAGAGCGGCCGCAGUCUGCGUGCUUAUCGCCGUGUGUGUCUUUCACACUUUAGACUUUAACUCGGAGCCGACCAGUUCAGAACCGAGCGGAGCCGAACAGAGCCGAGCGGAGCCGAGCGGCAGCAUGUCCUCGCCUGCUCUCCGUCAUGUGGUCUGGGAGUCGGAGGGCCUGGUGGCCCACCUCCACCCCCGGCCCUGGACGCCGGGCUCCGUCAUCCUGGAGAGACGCGCCCCUGGACCCCUCGGGGGGAGCAUCUUCCACCUGGAGGAGGCCGAGUACCUGUCCUGGCUGCUGGGGGCUCGAGCCGUGUCCCGGCGGCUGUGUGAGGGGCUGGGCGUCCGCAGGUGUGCGCUGGUCAGCAGGCCGCACACACACACCCCGGCUCAGAUCCGGAUCCUCCCCCUGCACGGCCUCGAUGCGGAGUGGCGCCCCCACCUGGCCGGGGACGAGGAGUUCAACAUCGUGGACCCGGGCUACUGCACAUCGAAGACCGCCCCGCGCUGGAGCGACUCCAGCCUGACGGAGAUCCAGACCCGGAUCCGGUCCAGGCUGCCCUCCCCCGACGCGCCCCCCGACCUGCGCUUCCUGGGAGACGACCCCGCCCACCCGGGCCUGUUCCCGCGCAUCGUCCGCGGGGAGGAGCAGCAGUGGCGGGUGUGGGAGGACGGCGGCCACGUGGCCUUUCUCACCCCUUUCCCCAACUCUCCCGGCUUCACCGUGCUGGUGCCCCGCCGACCUCUGACCUCUGACAUAUUCAGACUGGAGAGGAGGGACUACGAGGAGCUGGUGCUGGCCGCCCGGAAGGUGUCCCGGCUCCUGGAGGAGGCGCUGGGCGCCUGGGGGGUGGGGCUCAUCUUCGAGGGCUUUGAGAUCGACUACGCUCACGCGAAGCUGAUACCGCUGUUUCUGCCUCCGCCGCCAGAGGUUAAAGGUCACAGCAGCACGCCGCCCCAGUUCUUUCCCAUUUACCCCGGGUACGUGACCUCCGAGGACGGCCCUGAAGCCCUGGCGGACAGUCUGGAGGAGAUCCACUCCAAACUCACCCACCACUGACGCACGUCGUUCCUACGGUCUGCUCAUGUUUAUAUCGAGACUUUCUGCUUCGUUACAGAAACAAACAACUGGUAGCCCGACAAGCUAACUGCUUCGUUUUCAGUGCGAGCGGACAUCGUUUUGAAAAUCCGAUGUGUUCCGACUUGAAAUGCCAUGAAAACGGGGUCUGACAGAUCUUUGAACUUGAAGCUUAAUGAUGUUGAGAUGCCACUUUUUUAGCAAUAUUCUAUGUGAAGCUGAUCUGUUUUAUACUCCUGCUGAAGAGUGUUUGAGAUAAACUCUCUGGAUUCAAAACAUGGUUUCAUUUCCUGUCUUGUGAUUUCAUGUCAGUUGAUAUGGGGAGCUGCUCAUGAAUGGUUCAACGUGUGGAAGAUCCUUCACCUUUACC